UGGAGGCAGUCGCUGUGUGUUGUCCGAAGCGUGCACUGUUUUACGAAACUUACACACAUUACGAAUAAAAAAAAAUCUCUAAACAUUUGUGAAUUAAAACGCAAUGGUGAUGAAGGGGGAUCGAAAGUCAAACUUUCCUCGAGAGUACGAGCGCUGGGAAGCAGAUGGCGCCACCUGGAUUAUUCAGGAUCUGCCGCCAGAAGACGAUGAGAAAUUUAUUGAAAUACUGGUUGACCAUCUCAGCACGGAUGAAGUUCUCUGUUCUAUUACACGUCUUGCCGAACACCCGGAAAGCGUGAAGGGUAUCAGUGAUUUCUGGCGAGUGUGUCUCGCUGAGCGGACGAGUAUCGCUUGCUACAGAGAGGACGACGGAGUGCGGACCCUGGCGGGGGGGAACUGUUGUGUUUUAGCGAAAAAGGACGAUAAACCGUCUAUCGAGAUACAAGGAGACGAAUGGAAUACGGUCUACGACGGUCUAAAGUUUGCAGAGGACAAACGCGAUCCUUUUGAAUACUUAGGUGAAGACAAGCUACUGGUCGGCUACGGUUUGGUUGUACGUCGGGAGUUCAGGGGCGCUAGGCUAGGCGCCCGGAUACUCAACGCCAGAGAACCUCUUUGCAAACAACUGGGAGUGAAAGCUGCAUCAACAGUAUUUACGGGCAUAUCAUCACAGAAGCUAGCCGCAAGGUGUGGGUACAAAGUGAUAGCGGAAGCCACGGUUCACGAAAUGUCACAAGCAGGAUUAAAGUACCCCAAAGACGACCAAAGAUCGAUCAAAUUGAUGGUCAAGAAAUUCGAAUAACAAUUUCAGAAAUCCCAAAUUUACAAGCCGCUUUAGAUUUUAUUUCAUCAUCAGCUCACUACACAUCCCCACUGAGGGGC